GGUGUUACAUUAUGGUCAUUUGAACUGUUUUCUCGUGGUCACGUGAUAAUCUUUGAAAAUGAAAGGCUAGAUGGAGAAAUCAUGAGUCUCUAUGAAAAAUGUUAAAAUAUAGAAAAAUAAAGGUUUGGCAGGAAUUUGUAAUGCAUGCAGGCGGAAGCAUUUGCCAAGAUCUGAAGAAGGCAAAAAAAUCAUACAGAGGGAUAUAGAUCAGUUCAUGAGAUUUUCAGCAUGCAGCAAGACCUAUUCAUUGCCGGAAGAUUCAUUUUCGCAGACUUCAAAUGGCCAAGAAAUAAAUUCCCAAAACUUAUACAGUAUGGAUACAGAGGAAAGUCAAAGUGACAAGUUUUCUAGUAUUGCAGGUAAUACUCAAAACAGUAGCCAGGAUUGGUACGAGUUGCAGAAAACACCAAUAGAAAAGUUAAAUGCAGCAAUGAAAAUACUUUCUGAAUCGUUUGAGCCAAUCACUAGCCAAUUAACAAAAAAGUGGGAAGAAACAAGUAAGAGUGCAAGAUCUUAUUAUACAAAAAAAGCCCGGGAAUGUAUCGAACUUGUUCUGAGUAUCAUGGCAGGAAGACAUUUUAUUGGAGAACAUACAAAUAAAUUCUACUCAAGAAAUCAAAUUAGAUAACAUCACAGCUAGCGUGAUGGAAGCAUUUCAAAACACUUCUGAUAGUAGAACCCAAACCCAAAUACUUUCCAUAAUUGUAAACAAUCACACAAAGACAGAGCUGCAAACCUUGAUUCCAGGACUUACCAUCAACAAGAUAGAUAAUGCUAGAAAACAUGCACUUGUUAGUGGACCUGGAACUAUUCUAAAUCAACCUAAAAUUUACCGGAUGAAAUUAUCAAAGCCAAAAGUGAGUCACUUUGUUGAAUUUAUUCUCAAUCCCAUUUACUCUAACAUUGUUGGAUUUGGAGAAACAAUACUAAAAAUGUCAUCUAAAGAACUGAUAAAGGUUCCUAAAGUCAUAAGAAAUGUUAUAGAUGCAAGACUCAUUGAUACUUACCUGAGUUAUUGCAAAGACAGUGGAUUUGAUACUUUUAGCAGGGCUUCUUUGUAUAGAAUUUUAAAUGUAUGUCAUGCUUCCAAACAGAAAUCAUUACAAGGCCUGGAUAAUAUUACUGCCUUAGGAAUGGGGGCAAUUGAUACCUUACUGAAACUGCUUACCAAAUUAGAGACUUUUGGAGUCACAUAUCCUGAAUCAAAGAAACUGACUAACAUUUUACAUAUGGUAAACACAUUUAUGAAAUUUGAAUACAAAACUCACUUACACAAACUGGAUGGCUGUGAAGAUCAUUGUACAGUGUUUGCUCUCAGUGACCCUGGUGAUGCAAAAUUUGCUACUGCUUGUGAACAUUCACAUGAAACUUCAUGCCAGAAGUGCUCAUUGGUUGAGAGCUGUGUGCCUCAGAUAAGAAUAAAACUUAAUGAUAUAAGUACAAACAUUUCAGACCAAAUUGUCGAAGAAUUGACAUAUGAAUUAGACAAUUCAGAGAAGAGCCUUGUUGAUUGGAAAAAGCACAUUCUUAGAACAAUACAUCAAGAUCAAGCUAGAACAAGUGUCUUGAAAAAUCUUCAUGAUGACCAAGGUCUUGUUAUUUUAGACUGGGCUAUGAAAUUCCUGCCUUAUCAAUUCCGUGAAACACAAUCUGAUUUUGUUGGUAAGAAAGGUAUCAGCUGGCAUAUAUCUUGUCUAGUCACUAAGUCUGAAAAUGAAGAAUUUGAUCUUCAGUGUUAUGUUCAUAUCCUUGAGAAUGGGUCACAGGGUUGGUUUUCUGUGGCAAAUAUCAUACUGCACCUGUGAACAAACAUAA